CGCGGAGAUCGGCCGCUGGCCGCGCCGCGCCGCGCCGCUGCCCGAGCGGGAAGCCCAGGCUGCGCGCGUCCAGCUGAGGCGCGGGGAGGGCCCGGAGGCGGGGGCCGGCAGGCGGACAGCGGCUGCGGGGCGGCCGGGGAGCAUGCCCGCGCAGCCCCGCUGAAUGGCGUCUUCUCUGCGACCCCUCGCCCGGCUGCGACCGCCAGGGAUGCUGCUCCGCGCGCUCCUCCUCCUGCUGCUCCUCUGCUCCAUUCCAGGAGUGUGGUGCUUCAGUGAACUGUUUUUUAUAAAAGAGCCACAGGAUGUAACUGUCACAAGAAAGGACCCAGUUGUUUUAGAAUGCCAAGCUCAUGGAGAAGUUCCUAUUAAGGUCACAUGGUUGAAAAAUGGAGCAAAAGUGUCUGAAAAUAAGCGGAUCCAGGUUCUGUCUAAUGGCUCUUUAUACAUCAGUGAGGUGGAAGGCAAGCGAGGAGAGCCAUCUGAUGAAGGAUUUUAUCAGUGCUUGGCAGUGAACAAAUAUGGAGCCAUUCUUAGUCAAAAAGCUCAUCUUACCUUAUCAACUAUUUCUGCAUUUGAAGUUCAGCCAAUUUCUACUGAGGUCCAAGAAGGUGGAGUUGCUAGAUUUGCAUGCAAGAUUUCAUCAAACCCUCCUGCAAUCAUAACAUGGGAAUUGAAUCGGACAACUCUACCUGUAACUAUGGACAGAGUAACUGCCCUACCAACAGGAGUCUUACAGAUCUAUGAUGUCGGCCACAGGGAUGCUGGAAAUUACCGUUGUGUUGCUGCUACUGUAGCCCACAGGCGUAAAAGUAUGGAGGCCUCUCUAACAGUGACUCCAGCUACAGAGUCUAAAUCCUUUCACACACCAACCAUUAUAGCAGGUCCACAGAACAUAACGACGUCUCUUCAUCAGACUGUUGUCUUGGAAUGUGUGGCCGUAGGAAAUCCCAAACCAAUCAUUUCUUGGAGCCGUCUUGAUCACAAGUCCAUUGAUGUCUUUAAUACUCGGGUACUUGGAAAUGGUAAUCUCAUGAUAUCUGAUGUCAGGCUGCAACAUGCUGGAGUAUAUGUUUGUCGGGCCACUACCCCAGGCACACGCAACUUUACCAUUGCUAUGGCAACUUUAACUGUAUUAGCUCCUCCUUCAUUUGUUGAAUGGCCAGAAAGUUUAACAAGGCCUCGAGCUGGCACUGCUCGAUUUGUAUGUCAGGCAGAAGGAAUCCCCUCACCCAAAAUGUCAUGGUUGAAAAAUGGAAGGAAGAUACAUUCAAAUGGUAGAAUUAAAAUGUACAACAGUAAAUUGGUAAUUAACCAGAUUAUUCCUGAAGAUGAUGCUAUCUACCAGUGCAUGGCUGAGAACAGCCAAGGAUCUAUUUUAUCUAGAGCCAGACUGACUGUAGUAAUGUCAGAAGACAGACCCAGUGCUCCCUACAAUGUGCAUGCUGAAACCAUGUCAAGUUCAGCCAUCCUUUUAGCCUGGGAGAGGCCACUUUAUAAUUCAGACAAAGUCAUCGCUUAUUCUGUGCAUUACAUGAAAGCAGAAGGUUUAAAUAAUGAAGAGUAUCAGGUAGUCAUCGGAAAUGACACAACUCAUUAUAUUAUUGAUGACUUAGAACCCGCCAGCAAUUAUACUUUCUACAUUGUGGCAUAUAUGCCAAUGGGAGCCAGCCAGAUGUCCGACCAUGUGACACAGAACACUUUAGAGGAUGUUCCCCUGAGACCUCCUGAAAUUAGUUUGACAAGUCGAAGUCCCACCGAUAUUCUCGUCUCCUGGCUGCCAAUCCCAGCCAAAUAUCGGCGGGGCCAAGUGGUGCUGUAUCGCCUGUCCUUCCGCCUAAGCACUGAGAAUUCCAUCCAAGUUCUGGAGCUCCCAGGGACCACGCAUGAGUACCUUUUGGAGGGCCUGAAACCCGACAGUGUCUACCUGGUGCGAAUUACUGCUGCCACCAGAGUGGGGCUGGGAGAGUCAUCAGUGUGGACGUCACAUAGGACACCCAAAGCUACAAGCAUGAAAGCCCCUAAGUCUCCAGAGUUACAUCUGGAGCCUCUGAACUGUACCACCAUUUCUGUGAAGUGGCAGCAAGAUGCUGAGGACACAGCAACCAUUCAAGGCUACAAGCUGUACUACAAAGAAGAAGGGCAGCAGGAGAACGGACCCAUUUUCUUGGAUACCAGUGACCUUCUCUAUACUCUCAGUGGUUUAGACCCCAGAAGAAAAUAUCAUGUGAGGCUGCUGGCUUACAGCAACGUAGAAGAUGGCUAUCAGGCAGACCAGACAGUCAGCACGCCGGGAUGCGUGUCUGUUCGUGAUCGCAUGGUUCCUCCUCCACCACCACCCCACCAUCUGUAUGCGAAGGCUAACACCUCAUCAUCCAUCUUCCUGCACUGGAGGAGGCCUGCGUUCACCGCUGCGCAAAUAAUUAACUACACCAUCCGCUGUAACCCUGUUGGCCUGCAGAAUGCUUCUCUGGUUCUGUACCUUCAAACAUCAGAAACUCACAUGUUGGUUCAAGGUCUGGAACCAAACACCAAAUAUGAAUUUGCUGUUCGAUUGCAUGUGGAUCAGCUUUCCAGUCCCUGGAGCCCCGUUGUCUACCAUGCUACACUUCCAGAAGCACCAGCAGGCCCACCAGUUGGAGUAAAAGUGACAUUGAUAGAGGAUGACACUGCCCUGGUUUCUUGGAAACCCCCUGAUGGCCCAGAGACAGUUGUGACCCGCUAUACCAUCUUGUAUGCGUCCCGGAAGGCCUGGAUUGCGGGAGAGUGGCAGGUCCUACACCGAGAAGGGGCAAUGACCAUGGCUUUGCUCGAAAACCUGGUGGCAGGAAACGUAUACAUUGUCAAGAUAUCUGCAUCCAAUGAGGUGGGAGAAGGGCCCUUUUCAAAUUCUGUAGAGCUGGCUGUACUUCCAAAGGAAACUUCUGAAUCAAAUCAGAGGCCCAAGCGUCUAGAUUCCGCUGAUGCCAAAGUUUAUUCAGGCUAUUACCAUCUGGACCAAAAAUCAAUGACUGGCAUUGCUGUAGGCGUUGGCAUCGCCUUGACCUGCAUCCUCAUCUGUGUUCUCAUCUUGAUAUACCGAAGCAAAGCCAGGAAAUCAUCUGCUUCGAAGAUGGCACAGAAUGGCACUCAACAUUUAUCUGGGACCAGUGCCUCCCUAGCCAGUGGGAAUGAAGUAGGAAAGAACCUGGAAGGAGCUGUAGAAAAUGAAGAAUCCUUAAUGCCAAUGAUAAUGCCAAACAACUUCAUUGAUGCAAAGGGAGGAACAGACCUGAUAAUUAAUAGCUAUGGUCCUAUAAUUAAAAACAACUCUAAGAAAAAAUGGCUUUUUUUCCAAGAUUCUAAGAAGAUAAAAGUCGAGCAGCCUCAAAGAAGAUUUACUCAAGCAGUCUGCUUUUACCAGCCAGGCACUACUGUACUAAUCAGUGAUGAAGACUCCCCCAGCUCCCCAGGUCAAACAGCCAGCUUCCCAAGACCCUUCGGUGUUGCAGCUGAUACUGAGCAUUCAGCGAAUAGUGAAGGCAGCCACGAGACUGGGGAUUCUGGAAGGUUCUCCCACGAGUCCAAUGAUGAGAUACACCUGUCCUCAGUUAUAAGUACCACACCCCUGACCUCCACUUCCUUUACUGGCAGUGAUUCAGGUGGGGAUCCCUCCAUGAAGCGGUGUGAAGACCCUGCAGUGCCGUCGGAUGCUGAGCAAACUUCCUCUUCAGUUCUGCAGCCCCCAUCUGCCGUGCUCUGCUUUGAUAAAAAUGAUUUUCCAAUCUAGACAGCCAUGUUCAGGUAUUCUCACCUUUAAGUCUGUUCGAAGGACAAUGAACAGGGAGCCAAAGCCUUUUGUGAAAAUCUUGAUGUCUUAUUGGGUAUUUCAGCUUUUUUUGAAUGUGUUUUUUUUUUUUUAAUUUUUAAACUCACGUAUUUUGAAUGUUUCAUUGUCAGCAAUGUGAAAAGACAGUCAAGAUAUUUGACUGGAUUAUAAAAGAUAUCACUGGAGCAAAGGGAGACUUUUGAAAGCCCCUUUGCUGGCUAUCUACCUCAGUUUGCCAGUUGGCAAACUCAGAAGACAACUUUGUUACCUCGUUUGUUGUGAUAGUUUAUCUCAGCUACAUAACCAAUGAUACUUCCUAGUAGCAUUUUGUUUUCAUUGCUGUAUGUGUAAUGUGUGUUAUCAAAGGAGUCAUAUAGGUAGAUGAGUAAGAAUGUUUAUCUGAAGCUCUGAUUUUUUUACAAAACUAUGAUAUCUGCGUGGUUUAGAUAAUUUAACACCUCUG